AUGAAAACAUCUAUGUCUUUUUCUGAGCAACCACCUACGACUAGAACUUUACAUUGGAAUCCUCCUAAAUUUUCUUUUCUAAAAGUAAACUGUGAUGCCUCAUAUGAUUUAAGCUCUGGCCUAACUGGUAUUGCUCUUGUUUUGCGUGACCAUGCAGGUACAUGGAGAGGAGGGCUCGUCAAAUGCUAUGCAGGAAAAGCAAGCUCAGAAGCAGCAAAAUGCCUAGCUUUCAGUCAUUCUGUUAGAUGGUGCGUGGAGUUGCAGCUGCCAAGAAUUAUGCUGGAAAUGGAUCUUAAAGGGAUUGACAGUUAUAUAAACAAGGCGUCUCAUACAAUAUCAUGGGAGAAUGAAGUCAUUCUGCUAGAUGCAAUAGAAACUUUAACAAAAUUUCAAGCCUGGGAAGUUAGUUUCGUCCCAAGGAAGUGUAAUAAAAUUGUUGAUACACUUGCAAAGUACAUCAAUAGGUUUAGAAUUUCUAAAAUUUGGUUAGAUGAUCCUCCUAGUAAUGUUGAGGCUCAAUUACUGUCAGAAAAACUUCAGAUUCAUGAUUAA